CGCGCCGGCUGCAGCGAGGGCCGGAGCCGGAGCCGGAGCCGGAGCCGGAGCCGGAGCCCGAGCCCGCGGCGGCAGAGGGGGGCGGGCGCCCGGGGCAGCCUGAUGCCCUGCCCGCCCGGCCGGAUCGCAGCGCUGCCCUUUCCCCUUCGCGGCAGGUGGCUGCCCGCGGCCAUGGAGCCCGGCGUGCGGGGGCAGCGGGCCGGCCGGGGCUGAGCGCCGAGCCGCCCCCCGCGGGCGGGCCAUGCCCCAGGGGCCGGGCGCGGCGCCGGGACCGCUGCCGAACUUCUCCGCGAGCCGAGCGCCGCCCGCGCCCAGGCAGCGCCCCGGCCCGCCGGCGGCGGGGGCCGGGGCCGGGGCGCGACUCCGCGGCUCCCGCCCGAGCUGGUCUGCCGCUGCCCCGGGCCAGCCGCGGCGCCGGGCGCUCACCAUGCUCGGCGCCGGCCGGGGGCUCCUGAGCCUGCUGCUCCUGCUGCGGCUCCCGCCGGUGGCGGCCGCCGCCGCCAAGGCGCCCGUGUGCCAGGAGAUCACGGUGCCCAUGUGCAAGGGCAUCGGCUACAACCUGACCUACAUGCCCAACCAGUUCAACCACGACACGCAGGACGAGGCGGGGCUGGAGGUGCACCAGUUCUGGCCGCUGGUGGAGAUCCAGUGCUCGCCGGACCUGCGCUUCUUCCUCUGCAGCGUCUACACCCCCAUCUGCCUGCUGGACUACGCCAAGCCCCUGCCGCCCUGCCGCGCCGUGUGCGAGCGGGCCAAGGCCGGCUGCUCGCCCCUCAUGCGCCAGUACGGCUUCGCCUGGCCCGAGCGGAUGAGCUGCGACCGGCUGCCGGCGCUGGGGGACCCGGAGACGCUCUGCAUGGAUUACAACCGCAGCGAGCCCACCGCCGCGCCGCCCGCCCUGGCCAAGCCCACCCGCGCCUCCAGGGGGCCCCAGAGGAGCCUGGCCCCGGGCGGCGGCGCGGACUGCGGCCGGGUGUGCCGCUGCACCGAGCCCUUCGUGCCCAUCGCCCGCGCCUCCCACCCGCUCUACAGCAAGAUCCGGACCGGCCAGGUGCCCAACUGCGCCGUGCCCUGCUUCCAGCCCUACUUCACCCAGGACGAGAAGACCUUCGCCAGCUUCUGGAUCGGGCUCUGGUCCAUCCUCUGCUUCCUCUCCACCUCCACCACCGUGGCCACCUUCCUGAUCGACAUGGAGCGGUUCCGCUACCCGGAGCGGCCCAUCAUCUUCCUCUCCGCCUGCUACCUCUUCGUCUCGCUGGGCUACAUCGUGCGGCUGGUGGCCGGCCACGCCAACGUGGCUUGCAACCAGGAGUACCGCCACGUGCACUACGAGACCACGGGCCCGGCGCUCUGCACCACGGUCUUCCUCCUGCUCUACUUCUUCGGCAUGGCCAGCUCCAUCUGGUGGGUGAUCCUGUCCCUCACCUGGUUCCUGGCCGCCGGCCUGAAGUGGGGCAACGAGGCCAUCGCCGGCUACUCCCAGUACUUCCACCUGGCCGCCUGGCUCAUCCCCAGCGUCAAGUCCAUCGCCGUGCUGGCGCUGAGCUCGGUGGACGGGGACCCGGUGGCGGGGGUCUGCUACGUGGGCAACCAGAACCUGGACACCCUGCGGGGCUUCGUGCUGGCCCCCCUGGUGGUCUACCUCUUCACCGGGACCCUCUUCCUGCUGGCGGGCUUCGUGUCCCUCUUCCGCAUCCGCAGCGUCAUCAAGCAAGGGGGCACCAAGACCGACAAGCUGGAGAGGCUGAUGAUCCGCAUCGGCAUCUUCACCGUCCUCUACACGGUGCCGGCCACCCUGGUGGUGGCGUGCUACGUGUACGAGCAGCACUACCGGGACAGCUGGGAGAAGGCGCAGAACUGCUCCUGCCCCGGCGACCCCCGCAAGCCCAAGCCGGACUACGCCGUCUUCAUGCUCAAGUACUUCAUGUGCCUGGUGGUGGGCAUCACCUCGGGCGUGUGGAUCUGGUCGGGGAAGACGCUGGACUCCUGGCGGCAGUUCACGGGCAAGUGGUGCCGGGGGACGAAGCCCUCCGUGCGCGCUGAAGCCGGCUCCGCUCUGACCGGGCGGGCUGGGGGGGCGCCCUCCGCUUCCUGCCCCAAAGCCGCCCCGCUUUCUCGGGUGUGACGAGCGCCUGGCUGGCUCACGGGGCCGUGCCAGACCCCCCCCCCCGAAGCGCGAGGGGGAGCUCUGCAGCGGGGGCCCGGAGAGCUGCGGCUUCACCCCGCACUGUGUGACGGGCGGGGGGGGGGAUCCUGCUGGGACGUGCCCGAGGUCCACCGGCCGGAGGCGGGGAGAGCUGCCUGCUGAGGCCGGCCACGCUGGAUGUACAGCGCCGCUGUACGAUACCUGGGCUUGCAGGUAACUCCCGCCGCUCGGGGCGGGUACCCCCGCGGCGGCGGGGCACGGGCCGGCGCCGAAGCAGGACCGAUCUUGGGCUAGUCCCUUGCCAGCGCCGAGAGCAGAGACCGCCAGAGCCCGGGACCGCGGAGGAGCGGGACUCGCAGGGGGAAGCUCCAGGGACUGGCGGGCCGGGGCAGGGGCCGGAGCCGGAGAAGCGGUUCCAAUACGGACCAAGCCUGCGUUAGGGAUCCCUGGAUUUUUAAACCAAUUCCGUUGGGCAGGGACGCCGCCGAUGCUUUAAUCCCCUGCGUGCGAACGCAAAUAGCCCUCGCUGAGCCCACCCGGCUCCCUGGCCCGGGACCAUACCCGCGCCCUUCCCCCUGCAAGGGGGGUUCCCCUGUCCCCCUGCGCCCCCCCAGGGCCUUCGGCCUCGUGGGGCGUGUUAGUUUGAGCUCAGCGGCAGCGGUGAUUCGUAGUUUACAAGGGGCCUUUAAGUCCGCCUCUUUAACACGGAGUCAGUCCCCCGGGUUAGUAAAGCAGGGGGCAGGGAAGCAAGCGCAGGUUGCAGUUAGUGUCCUUACACGGGGGACUUUCAAGGAGCUGCGAGGGGGGCGCUUGUCAUCGCCCCAUAAGGGGAUGGGGCCCCGGGGUGCUAGAGGUCGUUUAUUGGCGCUGCGCAGUCGAAGCCUAACCGUGUUUGGAACCUGCAAGUUUUGCCGCCGCCUUGAGCAGGGCAAAGGUCUGUGCCUGCCCCAGGCUGCCAGGGUGGAGUUUACUGCCGCCUUUUCUCCCGCUUUCCCUCCUGUUUCUUGCAGUGGGUCAGGGCCCGACGGCCUGGCAGGCGCUAGCCAGCUCCUAGCGGAAAGGCUCCAUCUCCCCCAGCCGGGCCGGCAGAGCUGAAUCCGGGCGCACGCUGCCGAGCCGCGCCGGGCUGGGCUUGCCCCGGCUGCCGGGGGAGAUGCCUAGCGGCUGCCCAAAGCAUCGUUUAGCCUCGGCCGCCUGCAGUAGCCCUGGCCUGGUUUUCACUCCCCCGGGGGGACGAGGGCCAGGGGGUUUCUCUUGAAAGCGGCUUUGCCAUUUCCUCCUCCGCUCCGUUCCCGGCAGCGUGCCAGGCGCAUUCAGCAGUCGGGCUGGGCUGGGCAGCUGCUGGAAACAGCGCCCCACCCUCGCCCCCCCGGACGGGCCGUGGGGCUGGAGCGUGGCCGGAUUCAAACGCUCUACAGCCAAAGCCCCGGCGGCCGGGCUCUGCCAGUACAAAACACGGGCGCUCUGCCCCGGCCCAGGCCACUUUCCACCGCCGGCGUUAGCCAGGCUGCUGGGGCCCUCAGCGGCUGCCCGGCCUUGGACAAACUAGUCCGGGGCCCUUUCCCUUUAGAUCCCCUUUCGAAAGGGAGAGGCCUUGGCAGCAGCAGCACGUGUCGUGUUGCCUCAGCUCGUGUGUCAAUUUCACGGGCUGCUGCGACUCUCCUGAGCGGCCAGGGCGCAACAGGCCCGUUUGCCUCUGGUUUUAGGCCUGGGCCGGGGAGAGGAUCUUCUCGCCCCUUCCCCUGGAGAGCUGGCAGGAGGGUCUCACUGCUCCCUACGCCUGAAUGUGGCCCAGGAGUGCCAGUGAGAGGCGGCUUCCCCUCCCUCUGCAGCCGCCUAAACCCUGAUACAGACGGGAGCAGCUUACUCCCCCUGAGGGCAGCCAGGGCCCCGCCGGCCGGAGUCUCAGGACUGAAGGAGGCUGGAGGAAGGAGCUGUUGUCAAAGGGGGCAGGCAGCUUAACCCAGACUAGGGAGCUGGAUGGCAAGCUCCUGGCUGCUAAGAAGCAGGAAUUGCCAAUUCUCAAAGGAGCAGCCCCCUGCAGCUGAGUUUAGUUUCCCAGGAGCUGCUUCUGCGCCCUGGGACGAAAUCUAGGAAUAAACCCCCAGGAUGCGCUUCACUUUCUGGCGAGCCAACGCCUAAUGCCCUCCCCCGUCCCUGCACCGGCCUCCAGCUCUGAUGCAAUGUGGCAGCAGCCCAGCGCCGGCUUUUGGCUAUAAAGCGGGGCAGCUUUAAAGCGGCCGCUGACCCGGGAGCACUCAGGCCGGGCGACCCUCACGGGUAAGGGGCCAGGGCUGAUGCAUCGACCUUCUCUAGCUACCACCACCACUGACCUGCACUCCCCAGGCUCCGAAAUGAACACAGCCCCUCCCCGCAGCGGCGGGAUAGUGACCAGCCCCCCAACUCCAGCGGCCCCUUUCGCUUUGGGAGCAGCAGAGGGAGGGGGAAGCGCCAAUAAACCCGGACUUCCCACAAGCCGCGUGUUCUCCUCUGAGCUGCACCACCUCAGACGGCCGCUCCAGCGCGGCGGCGCCAGAGAGCAACGGCGCAGGCAGCUGAACGCCCCUGGGAUGGGCCGGGUUGGGAAGCUCUGCACGCCCCCUUCCGCCCAAGGUAGCUCUGUAGACAAGCUCUACGCCCCCUGCAGCAACAAAGGGAGGGGAAGCGAGCCUGCUGCCAGCCAGAAAACCAAAGACGGCCAGGGUCUUGCCCCUCCGGCGGCGGGGGGGGUGUAUGAACAAGCCACCACCAGCCUGCCAAUAACUUCCCCCAGCACAAGUUAGCAGCAGCUGUGACCCAGGGGCACUGCAAUGCAGUGUGUGUACAGUACUUCACCUGGAGACGGCUCUGUUACACCCUGUAAAUAAGGGGGCUGUAGAGACUAGAGAGUUUUAGUGAACUUUGAUACGGGUUUGUUCUCAUUAAACAAGGCAGCUUCAGCCUAGCUACACUGGGGCUAGUAGUGGCAUGUAGUCCAGGGCCCCGACUCAUUUUACAUUGGCCAAAGUCAUGACAUCUUAACUGGGUCUUGCUGUAGUGACCUUUUGUAGACACAGCUAGACACGCUUCAUGCAAUACCUCGCACUAAACCAUGUCAAAGGACUUUUCUUCAAGUGUAAUUCCUCAGUGUGCAUUUGUUUUUUAAAAUCAGCUGCAAACGGUGGACUACUGAAAAAUGUGAGCAUAGUUGAAGCAAGGAGCAGAGUAGCUUUAGCCUAGUGACAAAUCUUUGCAACAGACAAUCAUAACGGCUGAAACUUCACUGCCCCUGGCUUUCAGGAUUCUCCUAAGUUUUCACCCCUGCACUGCAAGCAGCAGCAGCAGCAACUAAAAGCAGGCGUUAUUUUGUGCUGAAGGGGAUAGGGCCAACAUCUAUGCCUUAGACAUCACAUGCUGACUGACUUUUUUUUGUUUAUAAGAAGUAAACUUUGUAUGUAUUUUGUGAAAAGUUGAAGAAAAUCUGAGAUUUUAUUCAAAGAAAAAAUAUGGAGAUUAGCUAUUUAUGAGAACAAAAGUGUCUAUUUUUGUUUCUUUAUUCCUGAUG